AAGUGCCAUUCGUGACGCGCUCACUGAUCGUGAGAACAGAAACAACCACGUUUUUAGCGUACUAGAACUAGCACCACGUCGUUCGUCCACAGACAAAGGCGAUGACUAAUCGAUCUGAUGAAGCCAUCAAUUCGGCAAUCAGUUCUAUCAGCAAUCAAUCAGUGACCCCGGAACAUUUUGUGAAUCGUUCGGUACCGGUUCUUUUCACGUCGCGGCGGGGUCUCCGGAUCCGGAAGUUCCACUCGAUGCUUAACACUGGCCAGGCCAGCUACACGGUUCAGUUUUGUGACCUUGAACGAUGGACCAAUCAUUUCAAACUGUCCUCGGUCGGGCUGACCCCGGAAAGUUCAACGACGAUGGAAUCCUCGAAUCUCAUCAAACAGCAGCAACAGCAGAAAAACGUUAAAUUUGUGCGCCAAUCACCGCAAAGUCAACACGAGCAGCAGCAGCUGCAAAACGUUGGUUCAAUUAAUCGAGACAAUGGAUAGCAUCGUCAUCGAUGGCGGCAGGAAAAAAAUCGCCCAAUUCAGCAAAUACUUCCGACGACGAAGGCGACAAAGACCCCGUUUGGGUAAUGGGAAAAACCGUCAAUUAAUUAUGAAAAACCUCCCACCACCUUCCUAGUGCUGCGCUAUCGCAUCGAGAUUUCUAUUUCUACGACU